UGGGGAAAGCCUCACCAGCUCAAUCCAGGACUGAUAACAAAGUGAUAAGUGGAGAUGUACAGAUGAAUCACUCGGAGGUGUAACGAAUAUUUUCGGGGUUCACGUUGACAUGACACUUGGACUUUAUUCAAUUGAUAAUCACGUUUGUAAUCACGUGAGGAAUGAUAAGGACCGCACAGCAUGCCACAGGUGUUGGUGGCCCGUGCCAGUUUCACUGUUUGAUUCUAGGUGGAAAGAUCUCCCUGAAACAAUCAUAGACACAUCCAUUAUUCCGCUAUUUCAAGUCAACAUUUCCUUCGACUGACAGCGAUGAUCUUUCAGUCUCAUGACACUAUUGAAAAUUUUCGUCUAAAACUUCAGGUGAAGCUUUCAGAAAUUUGGAUUAUAUUUCAAUUUCACGGGAAUCUCAGGGGAUUCAAUCAUUGAGAAGUUAGAGUUCAGGGAAAAGAAAAUUCUGGAAAAAAUACCGUUGAGUUUUCAGGGGAAAUUAGCACUGAAAUUUUCCCAGUAAUUAAAAGACACAAGUGCGUAAACUCCGAAAAAUCUUGAAAAUGCGACCGUCACGAUCGGAUCUGGAUUCGAUACCUGAUCAGUACCUGGAGACAAUAGCCCAUUACCUGAUGGGCCUGAGGAAUGACACGGUGGACCUCUCGAAGCCGCAGCUGCGGCCGUCCUUCACCAACAAUUAUCCUCUCUUUAUUCUGCUGUACGUCUUGAUGAUUACCUGUGGUACAGCCACCAAUAUCGGAAUGAUUUACCACAUCAUGCGGCAUCGGCUCUACCAGGAUCCCACAUACGCCUAUCUCAUCAACAUCGCAAUAUCGGACGUGGUAAAAUGCAUUUUCGUGCUACCCAUUACCCUGGCAGUGCUGCUCGUGCAGAACUGGAUAUUCGGAAAAUUUCUCUGCUAUUUCCUGCCAAUGCUCCAGGACAUACCGAUCCAUGUAUCGAUGAUGACUUAUUUAUUGAUCGCUGGUGACAGAUAUCGGUUCGUCAGUGUUCCCGGAAAGCCGAGAAUUCCAGCGUUUGUCUGCGCUCUCGGCAUCUGGUUCUUCGCGGUUUGCAUUGUCUUACCGUACGCGAUUUAUACUACUUAUCUGGAUCUCGAGACCUACAAGAAGCUGCACUUCCGAGGCCUGGGGAUUUGCCUGGCCAAUCUCACCGAUGAUAUCCAGCAGUACAUGAGGAGUUUAUUUUUACUGACUUAUAUCGCUCCAUUAACGGUGACGGCCUACCUCUACGUGAAGGCCAGCAGAGAACUCCAGGAUCAGGAUGAGCCUAUGGCAGUUGCCAUGUUCGAGGCAAGAGCGAAGAAUUCCUAUUCACGACAUGACAGCAACACCAGCCACGAUGUGACAUCACUUCGAGAUGGAAAACGUGAGAGUGGUAGCAUGAUGACUGGAGGAACUGUCGGGCUUUCCGGUUUCUCAACUACAUACGACCUUUACGACGCUGAGCUGGACGUCAGAAAGGAAAAACGCACGCAGAAGUACCUCAUCUUCAUGGUGUCGGUUUUUGCGAUUCUUCUGUGUCCCCUCAUGGUCCUGAGAUUGGCGAAACCUGCGCUUGUAGAAACGUACGAGAAUACUGGCCACUUUGAUAUAACAUUCAUAAUGUUCGUUUGGCUAGGAUUCGCUUCAACUGUCACAACUCCAGUAUUAUAUGCUUCCUGGCAGAUGAGUCGACCGGCGAAGGAGCGAUUGAAAGGCUAUUUCCAGUUUUCCACUAAACGACUUCCACCAGUACUGGAGAAGGGCUUGCGUCAUGGAAAUCGUCAUGAGGGUGGUCUUGCCAAUGUGGCGUACACUCCACAAGCAAGAGCUGGUAGUUUGAGCGGAAGCAACGGCAGUGACGAGUAUCCCCGGGGUACCUCCAGCUUUCAACGUCCGGAUCUCAUCAACAAUGCGCAGAGGAUGAGUCCAGUACACUGAGCCAAAAGAAUUAUACUCUAUUGAAAUCGUCGAUUCAAUCUUUGAUCACGUCAACCUGCUAUUUCUUAAGAGUCGAUAUAUUUAAUUAACUGAGAGGAACUUUGGUACUUCAGUUUUUCAUGAUAAGAUGAGAGAUAAAAGGUAAAAGUCGACUGGUACUCCAGGAAGUUUUGGUGGAAUAGCUCUGACUAUCACUGAGAUAGCAAAAUCUUUCUCGGGACUUCUUCUUUCGAGUGGAACGAGAGCUGCCAAAAAAGUAUUUACAAGAAUUUUAAGAGAAAAAGAAGAAUAGAUGUUCAGGAAAAAAAAGGAUUUCACCCAUGAAUAAUAAAUGUGAUGGAAUUUUUUCUUUCCAUUAAGAUUGUUCUGCCAGCUAACCCUAAUCCCCAAACGAACCCGAGAGCUUUUUUCCAAUAUUACCGGUUGUCGCUCUAUUCCUGCCAGUAAUGUGUAUCUAUCGUCGUCACACAGGACACGUGUCGAAAGCCUUAACCGGAAAAAACAUCCGUGGGAGUCGGACAUAAAGGGGACAGAAUUUCUGAAGACAAAGAAAUUUUGGAGACCACUCACGUCAGACUGCGGGAAUAUUCCACACGGAGGGGAAAAUAAUUGAUAACAUCGAAUCAUUGCACUCAGAAAAGUGAUUUACACUUUGUAAUUUUCCGAAAAUUUAUGUGACUGGCGGUGAAUAGGGGUUUGAACGGAAAAUUUACAAACUUAGAAAACUUUUGGCAAUUAUAUCGAAAUUGUUUAAUCACUGGCUGUUAUCGUACAUAAGAUAGAUAAGCCGAGGAGAUGGGAGAUUAUGACGUAACUUCAUUGUCAGGUGUUUAAUUGCGAGAUUGAGGGGGAGAAAAUUUUAAGAAAGGGGUGUUAUCGGAUCAAUUGAGAGUCAAUGGAGAUUUUUCGUAUAUAAUACUCGCUGUGAAUUGAUGUUGCAUGACAAUAAGGUGGUUAAUAUCAGCACAAUUAUUGUAGAAUUUCCAUCUAUUAAUAAUGUCAUGUGACGAGGGAAAAUAAGAGAAAAUCACCCAACGAAAAAAAUCGAAUAAAUAAUAUAUAUCUAA